UCUUAUCUUCAGUUGUUUCCCCAAAACAGUACCUUUGUAGCAUGAGUCAUCUCCAUGUUCUUUUCUGAGAAAAAAGUAAGCCAAGAACAUCUUAUAUUCUGGGAUUCCUCUGCUUAUAUCACAUCACUCCUUACUCUUAUCUUUUUACGAGCGGACGCACACAUAUACACACUGUCCCACACUGAAAAACACUGAUGAAGUGAAGUAGAAAAAACAUGGCUGCUGAAAGUCUACUUCCAAACAAAAUCUUGUUAUUUAUAUUUUAUUUUGUUGUAGCAUUGAAUACAAGCAUUAAUGCAGCAGCAAAUCUGAAACUCUCUGAGGAAUAUGAAAAUGAUAGAAUAAUGAAACUACCCCACCAACCAUCCACACCAACUAUAUCACAAUUCUCAGGAUACAUCACAGUUAAUGAAGCUCAUGGGAGGGCCCUCUUCUACUGGUUCUUUCAGGCUCAAUCUCAACCAAAUAAGAAGCCUCUACUCCUUUGGCUCAAUGGAGGGCCUGGUUGCUCAUCAAUUGGAUAUGGAGCAGCUGUGGAGUUGGGCCCUCUGAGAGUUGCUAAAAAGGGGGCUGCUCUUGAAUUUAAUCCUCAUUCUUGGAAUAAAGAAGCAAAUUUGCUGUUUGUUGAAUCUCCAAUUGGUGUUGGAUUCUCAUACACCAACACAUCUUCUGAUUUUGACGAUAUAGACGACAGAUUUGUAGCUGAGGAUACCUACAACUUCUUGGUAAGAUGGCUGAAAAGGUUCCCACAAUUCAAGGAUCAUGAAUUUUUCAUUUCAGGAGAAAGCUAUGCAGGUCAUUAUGUGCCUCAGGUGGCUGAACUUGUGCAUGAAAGGAAUAAGAAGAGAGAGAAGUAUCCAUAUAUUAAUCUCAAAGGCUUCAUAGUGGGAAAUCCUGAAACGAACGAUUAUUUUGAUUAUAAAGGAUUACUUGAGUAUGCUUGGAGCCAUUCAGUUGUAUCAGAUCAAGACUACAAAAAGGCCAGAAGAGCAUGUAAUUUCAAGCUCGAGAACUGGUCCACUGCAUGUGUUGAUGCCAUGACAACAGUGUUUGAUCGAUACAAGGAGAUUGACAUCUAUAACAUCUAUGCCCCUUCAUGUCUUCUUAAGAAUACUUCUGCUGGUAUUGCCAGUGAAAAUGAUUUCUCAAACACCAAGGCACAAAGUCAUGGGUUCAGAAGAAUGAAACUGGUCCCGGGAGGAUAUGAUCCCUGCUACUCGACAUAUGCUGAAGGUUAUUUCAACAGGAUGGAUGUUCAGAAAGCCUUACAUAUAAAUUCUAGAGGGCUAAGUGGCACCGUAAGAUGGACAGUCUGCAAUGAUUCAGUAUUCAGAUCAUACAAUUAUACUGUCUUCUCCGUCUUGCCAAUAUACAGGAAACUCAUCAAAGAAGGCCUAAAGAUUUGGAUGUAUAGUGGAGACGCAGAUGGUAGAGUCCCGGUCAUUGGUUCAAGAUACUGCAUUGAAGCUCUUGAACUGCCUCUCAAGACUCCAUGGACAUCUUGGUACUACAAGAAUCAGGUAGGAGGGAGGCUAGUGGAGUAUGAAGGAUUGACCUUGGUGACGGUGAGAGGGGCAGGUCAUCUUGUGCCCCUCAACAAGCCUAAUGAGGCAUUGGCCCUCAUUCACUCUUACUUGUCUGGUGAACCUCUUCCUACCCACAGAUGAAGCUCUUGUUACAGCUUCUGAGAAACGUAGGUGGUAACAAGAUUUAAACACAGAAGUACAUUAAACAUACAAAUAUAUUGGUUUUUCCUUUGGUAGAAUAAGGUUUUUGAGGAUCAAAUAAGUGGUGAAAACAACUUCAACAUGUCUUUCUGACGCCUAUCUCCACUACUACUUUUCUUUGUGUUAUUUUCUGGACUUGGUGUAUCAUUGUAUCCAUACUCUCUACUUCUUUUAGUGCUUAAAUAUUGAAUGUCCAUUUUUGGGUUCUGGUUCCGUAUAA